AUGAACAUGCCACCGCCACACGGCCCCGGCGCGGGUCACCCAGGUCACCCAGGCAUGGGCCCAUCAGCCUCGCCUUCCCCUGGCAUGAUGUCCCGACCUCAACCGCACCAACAAUUCGUCCCGCAGCACCCUUCCCAACAGCACUACAUGGACUCGCCCACGCCUUCCUCCAACCGUGGUCGCAAGCGCAAGCUCACCGUCCAGCACGGUCACCAACAACACCCGCACCCGCACCAGCAGCAGCCGCACCGCCGACCGUCGAUGCACGCCCCGCACGGCCACCCUCCGCACCCCGGCUUCCCCGGUCGACCCAUGCCCCCAUUUUUGGGACUAAACCUGCCCCCCACCAUCGCGGACGAGAUGUCCGAAUCCAUCUUUGACGAUCUCGACCGUCUCACGCCGCGAGACCUCGCCGUUGCACGGUACGCCAAGAACCACGAGCUGCUGAGCAUGGUAUUCGACGCAAGGCGGAUCGAUACGUUGACGCCUGCGCCGUCUCCGUAUGCAGAUGUGAAGGAGGAGGAUCUGAAGUCGAAAGUGGAGCGUAUUCAGGAGGAGACGGCGCAGAUGGAGAAGGAGCACGCGGAAAAGCUGAGGCUGCUGCGCGAGGGUGCGAGCGCCAAGAAGGGGGCACCGGUUAAGCAGGGUGAGGCGGAGACGGACGUGCCAGUGUGGGGAGAAAACGCGUCGAGGGGUCGGAUUUUGGGUGUUGGAUUCGUGCGUGCUGAGACGCCGGAGGCGCUGCGACCGCCCAAGCCUGUUGCGGAGGGUGGGGAUGAACAGAUGAAGACGGUGGAGGAGAGCGAGGAGGACAAGGCGAUGGAAGCAGAGCGCAGACAGGCGGAGAAGGAGGCGAUUGAGAAAAUCAACCUCGAGCUUGGGGUGACGCAGCCCCCGGUCGAGGUCGCUGCUCCUGCGCCUGCUCCUGCACCCCUGCCUGCACCAGCGGCGGCGACAACGGAGACUCCGAUUGGUACAGAGACAAGUGCUCCUGCAGAGCCCGCUGCUGAUGCUGCUGCAACGACCGAGCAGACGAGCACGGAGAUCAACCCGCCCGUCAGCGCCGCGGAAGAGCCGCCUGCUGCACCCGUCCUGCCGCACGCCGAAACGCCGGCUGAUGCUGCUGUCCCCGAGCCUGUCAUUGCAGCAGAAGAACCCGCUCCCGUCGAAGCAGCCGCACCAAUUGCACCAGAGAGCUCAAGCGAAGCCGCUGUCGAGGCGCCCGCCGCGUCAGCCGACACAGCAGCCGCAGUGCAAGCAGUAGCCUCGCAACCAGACACGCUUGCCGACGUGGCCAUGCUCGACCAGCCCACGGCGCCCCCAGCGGAGGAAGCGGUGCAGGCCAUCGCCGAUGCUACCGACGUGCCUGUCGAGGAGGUCGUCGAGGCUGUUCAAGACGCUGCGCCCGAGGCCGUCGUCGCCGCGGAGGUCGAGCAUGAACCCAGCACCGACGCAUAG